AUGAAGUAUUUACUCAACAACAAAAUUAUCCGCAUCCCAGCUUCAGUGUCUCCUUAUGCUCCGGUUCACGAUACUGAGUUCCUGGAACCUCCAAAGAACAUCCCUGAACCUCCAAGCAAGAUCCGCAGUACUCCACUCCCGAGUUGGAAGACUAUUGAGAAGGCUGACAAACCGUCAUCAACAGGUGCUAAAUCCAUCAAGUCGUCCAUCACACCACUUAAGCGUCGUCAAGGUCAAGCUUCCAGUGACGUCACUAUUGGAGCACUCCUCGCCCAAGAGGAUGAAGAAGGCAUCAAACGUCUAAUCAAUUACUUCAGUCGAACAAUGGGGGAUGCUCAACUCCGAUACCCGAAGGCUGAAAGGGCGUGUCUAGUAUUGGUUCAAGCAAUCCAGAGGUUCAGACAUUAUCUACUAUCAAACAGGGUCGUGCUGGUAGCCAAAGCCGAUCCCAUAAAGUUCUUACUGUCGAAACCUGCUUUAAUUGGGAGACCAACAAAAUGGCUACUUCAAAUGUCAGAGUUCGACAUAGCAUGUGUUCCUCCAAAAGAAAUCAAAGGACAAGCAGUCGCGGACUUACUUGCUGCUUUCCCUGGAGAAGACAUCACGAUGUUGCAUGAAGAAGUGCCCGGUGAGUUUCCAGAGAUCUCAAUUAUUCAGGAAGAAAUGUGGCUACUAUACUUUGAUGGGUCUGCCACUCCGAGCAUUGAUACUGGUGGAGCAGGCAUUGUGCUGAAGGCUUCAAAGACUCGGAUACUACUGGCCUUCCAUGGAAGCUCAGUCAAGGAUGCUGCAAGGUCAUCUCCCAACUGUCAGACGCCACCUCACCAUUUGGAGGUUCUAACAAUCCAUCACACUGGGGACUGGAGAGAGCCUUACAUAAAGUAUCUUCGCGACAGCGAUCUUCCGUCAGAGAAGAAAGUAGCAAUCAAACUCGUUCAGAAAGCUAAGCGUUUUGCAUACUUGGAAGGGAUUUUAUACCGCAAAAGCUUUGGUGGAAGCCUCCUGAGAUGCCUGGCUGAACACGAAAUCCCUACAAUCCUGAAAGAGAUGCACGAGGGCGAACACCAAAGAAAAAAGAAGUUAUUUAUCCAAAUUCAUGAGAAAUAUUAUUGGCCAACCAUGGAAGAUGACGCAGCCGCGUACGUUCGGAAAUGCCAUCAAUGCCAGGUUCACGGUAAUCUCAUUCACACUCCUUGUCUCCCAUUAAAUUCCGUGAGCAGUCCAUGGCCCUUCUACAGCUGGGGACUGGCUAUCAUCGGGAAAAUCAACCCAUCAUCUUCGAAGCAACAUGAAUACAUCAUCACGGCAACGAAGUAUUUUACCAAAUGGGUUGAAGCUAUUCCUCUCCGAAACACUACUGGAAUUACAAUUGCUGCCUUCAUCAAGGAGCACAUCAUAUGCAUAUUUGGUAUCCCUAAGCACAUCAUCACAGAUAAUGGAGGACCCUUCGCCAACAAAGAUGUCACAUAA